ACACGUCGAGCAAGACUGCCAAAAAAGAGAAAACAGUGUAUGACUACCUUAAUUGAGUGGCAAACUUUUAACCUAACUUUUUGAUUUUGAAAUCAUUUUGAUUUGGUAAUAUGGCUAGAAUUCUUAAAUUUUCCUGACUAUACUUUGGUCUUCCUGAUAAUGAAAAGCGUUGACUUCAGGAAGAAUGUCAUUUUCACAUGUUCAGCGAGUCAGAGUCUUGUAUAAAACCAUUCUGAAGUUACACAGGGGCCUUCCAAUGGAACUUCAAGUGGUUGGAACCAAUUAUGUUAGAGAUGAAUUCAGAAAGCACAAAAAUUGCAACGAGCAUGAAACUGUGAUAUUUAUGAAUGAGUGGACGAACUAUGCAAUCUCUCUAGCUGAACAACUGGGACUAAGAGGACCAAAGACUGCUAAAGACAAGCUAGGUACAUCGCUUUCUCCAGACGAUGUAGAGAAAUUGAAAGAUGAGCAAAUUGUUCAAUUGUAUGAACUGAUGGUUGAAGCCACGAGGCCUAAAGUAAACGAUGAUGUGAAAUAGUUCUUAUGGAACUCACUUGUGGUUGUCUUGUAUCCAGUUAGAUUCUACAGCUGUAGUUAGUCAAAUGGUAGAGAUAUAUAUCUGUGGCUUGGUUCUAAAACGGCAAAUGUCAAAAACAAUGGUUUUGAGAUAAUUAGGUUGGAAGGUUUUCAUAAAAUUGUGUGUUCAGCUGUAGACACGUUUCCAUAUUAUUAUAAAUUGUCAUUAUGUAAAAAUGUAAAUAGAUGAUAUUCACAGCUAGACUAAAAUGUUCACAAUUGUUCAAAUCUAACUUGAAAAAAAUGACAUUGACCAUUUUUCAACUGAAAAAAAAUAUAUUUCAUCAACUUUUGCCAUUUUUAUUAUCUAAGAUACAUAAUGAAAUACAAUAAAAACGUAAAAUAUUAUUCUUGAGAAAAUACAUUACUUUGGAGAGUAGUAUAAUAUUUAGGUUUCAUCUUCAUCACAACUAUCAUCACUCAAAGUAUCAACAACAGUUGAUGAUGUAGUUAGAGAAUUGACAAACUGUUCUUAACACUUUGACCCCUGCACCUGGUUUCAAAAAAAUUAUGUCUCCGAACUAAGAAUUUUUUUUCAUAGAGUUGUUUUGAAAAUUACUUUUCAAGACAUUAAUGAUACAAUAAAUGUAUUUUUUUUUUGUAAAUACGGAAGCUGACAUUUACUCAUUGCAGUUAUAUUAAGCUGUAUGUAUGAAAACCAAUACACAACUUUUUUAUAAUAAGUUUAUUGAAAAAGUAGAAAAACUUACAUUGGGCUUAAAUUCACAUUUUUUGGAUACAUUAUGUGUUUUGAAAAAGCAAUUUAACACUUUAACACGUUCGCGACAAUGUGAACCACCGGUGGGUCACACCAUUACUUGCCAAGAGCCGUGCGCGCCCACCGGUGGGUCACGGUCUAAUGCAUACAGCCUUGGCCAAAAGUAUUGAGCACGCUCGAUAUCUUUAAAUUCUAGGGGACCAUUAAGUUGGGAGAAAUUCACACAAUUUUUUCUAGCUUUAUAUGGCUUAGUAUUGAAAGAAAAUCAAUAUUUUGUGGUUCCACCCUUCGCCUUAAUCACGGCAGAAAUUCUUUUAGGUAAAGAUCGUACAAGUACAUUCUUCGUAAGUUAAAGCGUUCCAUUCCUCACGUAGACGGCGCUUCAGGAAUGUAUGACGCCUGAUCUUGCGCUUCAAUAAGCCCCACAAAUGUUCAAUCGGGUUCAAGUCUGGUGACUGGGCUGGCCAAUCCAGAAGCUCGAUGCAGUUUUCUCUGAACCAAGCCAUUGUCCGUGCAGCUUUAUGGCAAGGCGCAUUGUCCUGCUGAAAUUUGACGCCAUUCAUGUUGGUAUCGCCAUAAAGUGCAGUAAACGACGGCAAAAGAGCAUUUUCGAGUACGUUUAUGUACUUUGUGGCAUCCAUGCGACCCUCACACACGAACAUUUCUCCCACUCCUGAAGCACUCAUGCAGCCCCAGACCAUUACGCUACCGCCACCAUGUUUCAAAGUAGGCACCACACACUCCUGAUUGAAUUCUUCUCCUACUCGACGACGAACAAAUGUCACACCAGGUGUACCAAAAAUCUGAAAAAUGAAGAAAUGUCAUUAAGUAGUUGCUUAGUUGAAUAUUUUCUUCUUGUCAUUUUGUUUCAAAAAUUAUUGUUACACCUCGUUACUGCAUCAAAUUAACCAACGUACCUCAAAGUUUGAUUCGUCUGACCAUACAAUAUUUGACCA